GUGUCAUUACACGGUGUUACCCGCAGUGGGAACGCCACACACCUACAUUGUUACAAUCCUCCCAUUUCAUACAACCUUGCGUUUCCAUGUCUCCCGAGAACGGUAUGUUGUUUUUAACGCAAAACGGUGGACUUUACCUGUUUCCUGAACACUGAAGACAGCGGAAGUUCAAAGAACAAACAUGAGAAGGGUUCGCCGUAAACUGUCAUGAGGCUGACAGUGAUGGGUUGCUGAUAUUGGUGGGCGCAGAUUUGGGAAUCCCGGGGAGGAGGAAGCGCCCAGCACAAUGACCGUGUUCAACCAGGAGAAUGUAGAGGAUUACUACGAUAUAGGAGAUGAGCUUGGAAGCGGUCAGUUCGCCGUGGUGAGAAAGUGCCGCAAGAAGGGCACGGGCCUGGAGUACGCCGCCAAGUUCAUCAAGAAGCGGCGCAGCAAGUCGAGUCGCCGCGGUGUCACCAAGGAGGACAUUGAGAGGGAGGUCAGCAUCCUCCGGGAGAUCCAGCACCCCAACGUCAUCACAUUGCACGACGUGUUCGAGAACAAGAGCGAAGUCAUCCUCAUCCUCGAGCUAGUGGCAGGAGGGGAGCUCUUCGACUUCCUGGCCGAGAAGGAGUCACUCAGUGAGGAGGAGGCCACCGAGUUCCUCAAGCAGAUCCUGGAUGGCGUCAACUACCUGCACUCCAAACAGAUAGCCCACUUUGACCUCAAGCCGGAGAACAUCAUGUUGCUGAACCGGAGUGUGCCUCACCCGCGCAUUAAGCUCAUUGAUUUUGGCCUGGCCCACAAGAUUGACUUCAGCAAUGACUUCAAGAACAUCUUUGGCACUCCGGAGUUUGUAGCCCCAGAAGUGGUUAACUACGAGCCUCUGGGCUUGGAGGCAGACAUGUGGAGUGUCGGCGUGAUAACUUACAUAUUGCUGAGUGGGGCCUCUCCGUUCCUGGGCGAGAACAAGCAGGAGACGCUGGCCAAUGUGUCAGCAGUGGACUACGAGUUUGACGAGGAAUACUUCAGCAACACCAGCGCCCUGGCAAAAGACUUUAUCAUACGGCUCCUCGUCAAGGACCCAAAAAAAAGAAUGACGAUCCAGGAAAGUCUGCAGCAUCCCUGGAUCAAGCCAAAAGACACUCAGCAAGAACUUAGUCGCAAAGAGUCAGCAGUGAAUAUGGAGAAAUUCAAGAAGUUUGCAGCCCGCAGAAAAUGGAAGCAAUCGGUGAGGCUGAUCUCUCUGUGCAACCGGCUCUCACGCUCCUUCCUGUCCAGGAGCAACAUAAGCGUGGCGCGCAGUGAUGACACACUGGACGAGGAAGACUCAUUUGUGAUGAAGGCCAUCAUCCACGCCAUCAAUGACGACAAUGUGCCAGGCCUGAAGCACCUGCUGGGCUCACUGACCAGCUACGACAUCAACCAACCCAACAAGCACGGAACACCCCCACUUCUCAUCUCAGCUGGCUGUGGAAAUGUCCAGAUUAUCGACGUGCUGAUGAAAAAGGGAGCAGAGAUACAAGCCCUCGACAAGUCUGGAGCCAAUGCUAUCUACUACGCAGCCCGAAAUGGCCACGUCCAGACCUUGAAAUUCCUCCAUGAAAAGAAGUGCCCUCUGGACAUCCAAGAUAAGUCUGGGGAGACGGCCCUGCAUGUCGCUGCUCGCUACGGCAACGUGGACGUGGUCCAGUACCUUUGCAGUAUUCGUGCCAACCCAAACCUGACGGACCGGGAGCAGGAGGUGCCGCUGCACUGCGCCGCGUGGCACGGCUACUCGGCAGUGGCGCGGGUGCUGUGCGAGGCCGGCUGCAAUGUCAACGCGCGGAACCGCGAGGGCGAGAGCCCCCUGCUAACCGCCUCGGCACGCGGCUUCCGCGACAUCGCCGAGUGCCUGUUGGAGCACGGCGCCGACAUGGACUCCACCGACAAGGACGGUCACAUCGCACUGCACCUGGCCGUGCGGAGGUGCCAGAUCGAGGUGGUGAAGUGCCUCCUCAGCCACCACUGCUACGUGGACCACCAGGAUCGCCACGGCAACACACCCCUGCAUAUCGCAUGCAAGGACGGCAACUUGCCAUUAGUCACAUUGCUGUGCAAUGCUAAGGCCAAUCUGGACAUCCCAAACAAGUUCGGGAGGACGCCUCUGCACGUGGCAGCAUGCAAUGGCGGGCUGGAGGUGGUGCGACGUCUCUGCGUAGCUGGAGCCAAUACGGAGGCCAUCGCCAACGAUGGAAAGACGGCAGAGGAUCUGGCAACCGCAGAGCAGCAGGACCACGUAACGCUACUGUUGGCCAAGCUGAAAAAGGACAACCACAAGGGCAGCUAUGUCCAGCAGCUGCGGCUCACGCAGACGGCCCAGCCGCGCAUCAAGCUGAAGCUGUUCGGCCACUCGGGCGCCGGAAAGAGCACGCUGCUGGAGUCUUUGAAGUGCGGCAUACUACGGAGCUUUUUCCGCCGCCGGAGGCCCCGGCUCACCAACCCCGUGAGGCACCCGGCCUCUCCGGCCAGCUCCAAGCCCGCAGUCUCGGCGAGUAUCUCUAACCUGUACCCAGGCUGCGAGAACGUGAGCGUGCGGAGCCGCAGUAUGAUGUUCGAGCCCAGUCUGACUAAAGGCAUGCUGGAGGUGUUCACGCCCGCACACAACUCGCUGUCGGUGGCCGACGACACGGCCACCAAGGCCAUCGACAUCCAGACAGCCAACGUCAAUGGUGUGGGAGACUUCAGCGUGUGGGAGUUCUCCGGAAACCCGGUGUACUACUGCACGUACGACUACUUUGCGGCCAACGACAGCACGGCCAUCCACCUUGUGCUGUUCAGCCUGGAGGAACCGUAUGAGACGCAGCUCAGCCACGUCACCUUCUGGCUCAACUGCCUCAAGGCCCUAACCCUGCCCGAUGACAACAUAGUGUUCGGCGGGAAGAUCCGGAAUCCUCUGCGCGUGGUGCUGGUGGCCACACACGCUGACAUCGCCAACCUGCCUCGGUCGUUCGGUGGAGAGUUCGGCUACGACAAGGAGAGGGCACUGCUGAAGGAGGUUCGCACCAGGUUUGGGAAUGAUCUGCAGAUAGCAGACAAGCUCUUCAUCAUGGACGCCGGUGCCUCCACCUCCAGAGAUAUGAAGCUGCUGAGGAGCCUUCUGUCCGAGCUGCGCAACUCUGUCAUCUCUAGCUGCAGGCCUAUGACUCAGCUAGCAGAGAAGUUGUUGGCCACUCUGCCUUCAUGGCGUAGAACGACUGGGCCCAAUCAGCUCAUGUCCUGGCAGCAGUUUGUGGCAGACGUGCAGGAGCAGAUCAACCCUCUGGCCAGCGAAGAGGACCUGCGCGAACUAGCCCUGCAGUUGCACAGCAUGGGAGAGAUCAAUAUCAUGCAAAGUGAAACGGUCCAGGACGUGGUUCUGCUGGACCCCCGCUGGCUCUGUUCCAACGUGCUGGGCAAGCUCCUCUCCAUCGAAACCCCCAAAGCCAUCCACCACUACAGGGGGCGUUACCGCCAGGAGGAGCUCCAAACCCUGGUCUCUGAGGGCGAUGUGGAUGAGCUCCUCCAGAUCCUGGACGCCAUGGACGUGUGCGCACGCGACCUGGCCAACCCUGGCAUGGUGGACAUCCCCGCGCUGAUCCGCACGGGCGGCCUGCAGCGCUCCUGGUCUGACGAGGAGGUGGAGGACACCCUGCUGUACGGUGGCGUGCGCAUCGUCCCUGCCGAGCACCUGACACCCUUCCCCUGCGGCCUCUUCCACAAGCUCCAGGUCAACCUGUGCCGCUGGAGCCGGCAGCAGCGGCCCGAGGCCGAGGCUGACGAUGCCCGCCUGUGGAACGGCGGAGCCCGGGUGGGGCUGGGCAACGCAGACGCCCUGGUGCUGCUGGUCAACCACGGCCAGGGCGUGGAGGUGCAGCUGAGGGGGCCCGAAUCGGAGCGCGCCCGCUGCUAUGCCCUGUUGGACACGCUGUGCGGCAUGGCAGAGGGCCUGCUGGCCGCCACGCUGCCAGGCCUGCUGACCGCCCGCCAUUACCUGAGCCCCCAGCAGUUGCGCGAGCACCACGGCCCGAUCAUGCUAUACCAGCCGCGAGACUUUUUCCGCACCCAGGCACGUGGCGAGAGUGCUCUGGCCAACACCAUGGGCGGCUAUCGCGAGAGCUUCAGCAGCAUCGUAGCGCUAGGCUGCGCCCAGACGUACAAGCGGGGCAGCCUCGGCAGGGAUGUGCCGGCAUCCGAGAUCGGCUACCUGGCCCGACGGAAGCUUUGUCGCCUACUGGACCCUCCCGAUGCCCUGGGCAAGGACUGGUGCCUGCUUGCCAUGAACCUGGGCCUCAGUGAGCUAGCCGCCAAGUACAGCACUGGCACAAACGGAACUCCGCCGCUGGACCCUUUCUCUGUCCCGAGCCCAACCGCGGCCCUCCUGCAGGAGUGGAGUCAGCGCUCAGACGCUACCGUAGGUGUACUAGUGGCGAAGCUUCGUGAACUCGGGCGUCGUGACGCCGCUGAUUUCCUACUGAAAGCAGCACCGGUUUUCCGGGUGAACGCAGAGAGUGUAGGCACUCCACCGGAACGCUACGGCCCAGUCUGCAAUGGCGGUGCAACGUCUUACAAUUCCAUCAGCUCUGUCAUCUCACGCUAGAGCGCGCCCCCUAUGUGCAUGGAGGAACAUGUGCAAUUUAACCUGUGGAGUGUUGUUAUAUCUCAGUUCCCUCAUCCAAGACUGUGAAUCUUAGUACUCAUCAACCUUGCUACACUUUGCCGUUUCCGAAUGUCUCAUUCCUCUGAGGCAACCCUGAGAGAGUGCCUGGUUUAAGAAUAAUUAUGUUGUAUUUUUGUUGUCUGUUUUUAUUCCAAGUUAGAAUCUCAUAAAACAUCAAGGAGAAAUCUCAUCUGAAUCGAUGAGGAGUUCUUCAAUUUUGUAUUCUUUUAUACAUUCCAAUAUCUAUUGUGAUAAUGCGGUUUAUACUAAAUUUGACAACAGAAGGAUGAGUUAGGUUAUCAGCCCCAGUACUUUAAACAAUACUAUAAUGAUUCAAGCAACUGAGUGCCUUUAUGAUGGUAAUCCAUUGUCAACAAGCCAUCCUGGACACACCCAGUCCCGCUUACUAAAAUGAAUAUUUGUCAGUAUUUCAAUCCUUAGACGCCCUUUUGUAAAUCUGUUGCUUCUACAGCAAAGGCAAAGAGAUUAUUGAGGUUUUGGGUUGUGUAGCACACUUCUCUGCCUCAAAUUAAGAAAAAAAAUAUACUAAAGUUAUAUGCAUACCAUUUGAUGCUAGAAAACUAUCCAUAUUGGAAAUUCAUUAAGCUUUUACUUUUUAUUUAUUUUUAUUUUUAAUAAAGAAUUGUAGCCUUUUCUCAAGCUCUGUUCAAAAUUUGUUCCAAGAUACCUCAUUGCAGAGGACACAGUCCUUCAGACUGGGUUUGAAACUGCACAGAAAGCACGUGAAACACAUUGAGCAUUUCUUUCUGACCCUCCAAAGCUUUAGAUUAUAUAAAGUCCUCUAAAGUGUCCAAUCACAGGGCCACAAUUUCACUGGGAAAGCACAACCUACUAAGCCACUAAGUAUAUUUUAUCACCACUUUGGAUCAGGAUUUGCUUUGACACUUUCACAUUAUUUUCAUUGCGAAAGUCAGAUCUGCACAAUGGGACUUAAAUAUUGCUAUUAAGCUACUGUAACUACGUGUGCAUUCCUAAUAUUACAGAAAGUAAAGAAUUGUAACAGCAGUUUCCAUUACUAAUGCAGUUUCGGUUGCAUAUGACUUUGGCUGCUCUGUGUUUUUAAAGCAUGAUCUCAAUAUUGUUACAGUUGUCAACUUUAAUAUAUAUUUCCUGUUUUACACGUCUCAUCACCGUCUAAGAGGACAUGUUCAUUUCGAACUCAUUUCAUGCUCAGCUGUACUGUUUUCAGUGGAUAUUUAACCAAAACAAUAUCCCUUUUCCAAUGGAUUGAAAUCAGGCAAAGGUUUUAUGAAAUGUCCAUUUUGUUUUGCACUGAGGUUUAAAUUAGAAUUCACUGGUGUAUAUUUGGAGUCAAAACAGUGCUCUAGAUAUAUGUACUACGAAAAUGCCUAUAAAAGCUAGGCAUCCCCACUCAUGAGUGAAAGUGUAGCUUGAAUUAAUUCUAGAUCCAGAAUGCUUAUUUUUGCAGACUGGCCUUUAUGAUGUUAUGGAAAUUAAUGUAUUGCUUUUGUCAGUCAACUGAAAUGACAGCUAAAAUCUGUAAUAGCCAAUAACUCCAUCUCUCUCUCUCUCUCACACACACACACACACACACACACACACACACACACACACACACACACACACA